GAGUCGCUGCGGAGUGGGGCUGAGUUGAGCGGCUGCAGGGACGCUGUGCCCGGCUAUGGACGGGCGGGUGGUGCUGAUCCAUGCGCUGCUGACGGCAGUGUGCUCGGCGGCAGUAGGCAAGUUCGGCCGCGACGGUCCGCAUGGCGAGGCGCUACACAACGAGGUGCUACUGCACGAGGGUGGCGGCGUGGCGUCGGUCUCGGCCACGGCCCCGCUGCUGGGGGGCAUCGUGGAGAAGGAGGGCGGUGGAGCGGCCUCGGGGGACGCGCUGAGCGAACUUCCGAGAGUUGCCUUCUUGUCAAAGCCUCAAGGCCCAGUUACUCCCAAGAAGAAGGGGAAUGGGAAUAAAAGAAGAAAAGGAAAAGGCCUGGGGAAGAAGAGAGACCCGUGCCUGCGGAAGUACAAGGAUUUCUGCAUUCAUGGUGAAUGCAAAUAUAUCAGAGAGCUGGGUGCUCCAUCCUGCAUAUGCCAGCCAGGAUAUCAUGGAGAGAGAUGCCAUGGCCUCUUGCUGCCUGUAGAGCAUCCCCCGAGCACGUAUGACCACACCACAGCGCUUGCUGUUGUCGCAGUGGUCCUGUCCUCUCUGUGCCUUGUCAUCAUCACAGCCUUGCUGAUGUUCAGGUGUCACAAGAGAGGUGUCUACGAUGUAGAAAAUGAAGAAAAAAUAAAGCUGGGCAUCACUGUGAAUCACUGAGGAUGCCAGGUGCUGGCAAGGGCUCGGCACUGACGCAGUUCUACCUCCUGGAAGAUGCGAGUCACGGAGCCAGCACUGUCCUGGGACCCUGCAGCACAGCAGGACAGGGCCGCUUUGGGGCUUGUCAGGCAGCGGUGAUGCUGUAGGGAACUUUGGCAGCCUCCAGGAGGAGGAGGCUGGGAGCAAUGCUCUCAAGCAGACUCUGAGCUGAGCCAGCCGCGUGGGGCUCUCCAGCAGCUUGGGGCUGCCUGCUGCAGUGCAUGCAGGGGAACAAACUGUGAAAGGCUCGGAGAGCAGGCUCGAGGCUUCCGUAGGUGCAGGAGGGGUGGGAGGGUAACAGCUAUUUAACAAGAGAAUGUUACUUUUAAAUUAAAUAUUUAUUUUAGAUAAAUUGUACAUAGUAUUUAUAUUUAUUGGAGGUCUGCCUCUGCACUCUUUGUGUAGGUCAAGAUGACCCUUGCGUGGGUCAGGCCUCUUUUAUUUUUUAAGGGCAAUGUAAUAUUCUAAUAAAUAACUUUGUAACAAA